AUGGCGCGACACAAGCACAAGAAAUUGACCAACGAACAGGCAGCACCUCGAGCCACCGCUGGCAUGGCUCCGAACGCGACUCGUCGUUCGAAGACCUCACACUCGCCAUCCCGCACAGUAUGCACCCACAUGAUUAUGGAUCGUGUCUAUGGCCUUGCAUGCUCUGAAUGCCACAAGGUCCCUCAGUACGGCUGGGUUUACCAGUGCCGACAAGACCAUCAGCUGGGCCUAGAAGACCCUCUGCCGGAGAUUAUCGACAAGCCAUUGGUGCCUGUUGACUGCGACGACUUAGAUGCGAAGGCUCAAGUCGCCGAGUUCCUCGAGAUGAGUCCAAGCAUCAUCAACGGUAUUCGCGCCGGCGAUUACACUCUUCGUCAAGUCAACAAGCUCCUUACGCAGAGAGAAACUGUCUUCCGUGUAAUCAAGCAACAGCAAGCUCACUCGCAGAAGAAGAAUAAGAAUAUUUCACUGCCUUCCGCCGACAGUCUCAUCGCCUCUGCCGGCACUACCACACGCUCUCAUCGUCAUGCGAGCGCCUCGAAGCCAAGAAGAGACAGCCUGGCGGUGCAGCACUUGGAUGCAGAGAUGAACUGCAACUACACCAUCUGUGGAGGCUGCCGACCAUACUUUGACACUCGACUCCCCAUGACCUUCGAGACUGUCAUCGACCAGCCAGCCCUCACUGCAGCAGACAUGCAGAAGCUGCGAAUCAUCGAUCCCGCCGUCGCCCGCACCAUCGGUCUCCGCCCUACUCCGCAGUCAUACAAAAAGAAGGGCAUGGCCGACAGCAUUUACAUGGAAUCGGCGUCCGCAAGUUCUGUGGAGUGGAUCCUCGACAGCUUUGCUGAAAGCGAGUCCAACGACGCCGUGCUCUUUCCUUGUCCGGGACCCUUGCACUGCCGUGCGUGGACUCUUCGUUCCGGAUGUCCCUAUGAGAACGGUGGAUUCGACGAUGGAAACCGCGCAGCAAACCACAUGCAUGAUUUUCUCGAUAGUUUGACGCCAGAGAACUCGCGUAGCCAAUUGAGCACCUGUGCCGAUCUCACAUCGAGCACUCUUGGAGCAUCUUCGACCACCGCUUCCACCGUCAGUCUGCCCACCACACCACUGGCGCCGCUCAUUCCACUGGUGCCCAGUGACGAGUCGUUCGAUGUGGCUCUAGAGAAGCAGCUCCAGAAGAAGAGUGAGAACAGAAGCUUGAGUACGCCGAGUGGCAAGCGUCGCAAGACGGAGAUUGGCUUGUACACCAAUGAGAGCGAUCACGGCAUGAUGAGCGAUGUGGAUGGAGAGGUGGAAGAUGGCGUGGCUCUCACUCACUAG